AUGAAGCAGCAGAAACAUCCUCCAAGUCUCUUGGUGCCUGGCAUGCUUGUGGACGUCUACCGCUCUCCUGCAGUAAAACGUGAGCUAGCUGGAUGGCAUGGUCCUGGAGAAUUGCUAUCCAUCCAACGACAUGCAGGUGCCGCCAUUGUCCUUCUUCACGGACAACCUCUGAUGUCUCCUUUGAAUAGCAUUCGGCGCCAUGUUCCUUUGGGCUUCUAUGUUCAGGAACAUCUGCAUUCCCUCAAGGACAACUCUCCUGAUGAGUUCUACUGCAACUAUGAAGAUGUCAGAGAUUAUCAGCUCCAGUUCUAUCACGACCAAAGCAAUCGGAACUACAUCACCGGACAACACACUCAUUUGUCCACAAUCAUGGAUCUCGUUGAAGGAGAAUCCCAUGGACGACUGUUUUGGAUUGGCUGGCGCAUGAAUGACAAGGGCACCAUGGAAGCUCUUCCUGAUGAGGAAACGGUCUCAAAGCAUUCCAUUCUCCUUCAUGGCAAUCACCUCCGACUACAAGAUCUCAUCGGCACCUUACACGGGGUGAUCUUUGGCCACGGUCUGAAAAGAAUUCCAGUGCCUCGAGGACAUCGACAAGGUCUACUACUGCGAUGGAAGAACAACUUCAGAAAGCACUACACCAUGGAGCAAAGAAAGCUUAGUCAGACCACAGCCUUCACAUCAUUGCAGGUGUCCGCAUGGAAUACUCUCUACUUCUAUAGCUAUGUGCAGCCAGAGACUGAUCCAGAACCACCUCUGAGAGUGGACACCUUGGACUGGGAUGACAUCUCCAGCAUUGAUCCAUCAGCACGACCUCCAUCGGCUCCAGACAUGAGCAUUUUCGGUCCUCCAGGUCUGGAUCCCAUCGAUGAGAAUGAUGAACAAUCCACUGAACUGAACCAGGCUCCGCCACCACCAGGAGCACCGCCAGGCUUUCCGCCAGGUCUUCCUCCAGCACUACCUUCUGAGAGCACUCCACAAUCCAUGACAGGAAUGGAUGACUCCAUGAAUCCUUCAGAAGAAAUCAUCGCAGAUCCUCCUCCGGAUGAUCCUGGCAUUGCUCCUUCACCUGCUGCACCUACCGCUGCAGAUCUGAACGACUCCAAUGAGACCUUGGAUCCAGAUGCUACUCUGGACUAUGGCGACAGCCAACUCCUCACUCGAGCUCACUCUGAGCUCACGA